CAAGACUCGGCUCACCAUCUGAUACCGCCAAAGCCUCUUUGCACCGUCUUUCGUUUGGAAGAGAGCCAGACGACUUUCUUUUUUCCUCGUCUUCUUGAUCAUGGUAAAUUGAGUACGGCUCGGAGCCUGUCUAUUCCCCUAAACGGUCCCCGUUGAAAUGAUCGCUCCCGCACCUUGCUAGCCCUCACGAUUCCCCUCGGAUCGCUAUGGCGACAAUAACACCUUCUACACCGGCGAAUGGGAGCAAUUCGACAUUAUCAAGUACCUCGAUCUUUGGUGGCGCCGCGCACGAUUCCACUACAUCGUCUACCAGGUCUUCUACAACCCAGCUCUCGGCCUCUUCCACCGCCAUGCCCGGCUCUGCCGCCUCGAGCGACAACACUUACAUCAUGCCCAAUUCGCCUAUCAAGAACAGGAACUGUGUCGAUGGAUAUCGUCCAAAGGUAACCAGGACGCUAGGCCAACGGCCCGCUUGCCUUGUCAAUGCCUCGGUGACCUACUGCGGAAACAACCAGAUCUAUGCCUUUGGCGGCUUUGAUCAGUAUACGGAUGAAGUCUAUAACCAUGUCCUAAGGCUCGACCUUGUUAGCCACCAAUGGAGCUUGGUAGAUAACUAUGGAGACAUUCCCGGUGUUCGAAUGGGACACACGGCUACUCUCUAUGGCGGCGACAAGCUUCUCGUCUUUGGCGGGGAGAACGAGCACCGAACCUACCUCUCCGACCUCAUCAUUUUCGACCUCAAGACGGCCCACUGGACCCAACCGCAAGUGUCGGGGCCCAUCCCCAAGGGCCGCGCAAGGCACGCCGCCGUUUUACACGAGGACAAGCUCUUCAUCGUCGGAGGGAUAACGGGUCACGACAAUUAUGUGCUGGACGACAUCUGCUACCUCGACCUGAAGACCUUCACUUGGUCCAGGUCUUGGCGCUUCGUUGGACGCUUCGACCACUCCGUUUACAUCUGGGGCGAUAGGGUCUGGGUGUUUGGAGGCAUGGGGGAGGACAUGGACAAGAUUGGCGACCUGUGGUGGCUGGACAUGAAGGGCAGCCCUGCGUUCGAGUCCCCGCCUCCCAUCGGCGUCUAUGACCGCUACGCGAGCGGCGGCCGUGCUGUCGACUCCCCACGCCCGCCCUACACCCUCGCGCAGCAGCCAGGGGUCGUGGGCACCUCGGGCUAUGCCGCCAACUCGCGGACGCAGCAGGUCAACCCGCCCUCUUUUCAGAUGAAGACCAACUCGCCCAUGGCGCCGGGGACCAUAUCCUCCGUCAAGUUCGUGGGGGGUUCCAACAUCCCGUCGCAGGGCUCCGGCAUCCAUUUCCACGUGUAUUCCUCCGGCACGCUGCUCGACUUUGUCACCCCCGCAGCCACCAUCACCACCAAGGACUGCUCGCUUUCGGCCCUCGAUCUGUCCACGCUGCGGUGGCAGAAGCUCGCCGAAGGUCGAGAGAUCUUCAAGUUGGGCUACCGCUGGCAUUACUGUACCAUGAACGAAGACGCCACCAAGGCCUGGCUUCUCGGCUGUCCGACCGACCCGGCCGCGACCGAUCUCGGCCCGAAUGGGUUUGAGUAUCUCAGUGAUAUCAUGGAGAUUGAUCUCCGCCGAUACGGCUUUCUCGGCAACAAUCUUGCUACCGAGUCGCAGACGGAGGCGCGCCCGGCUAGAGCCGUCGACCAGCCAUCCAAGGGACUGGGCGCAGAUCUGGCCAAACUGUUCGACCAGCCGCCCGAAACAGGCAGCGGUACAGACUUUAUCGUCACCGCGCUCGCGGGCGACUGGGAAGACGAAGACAUGGGCAGGGGUGCCGGUGUAACCACGGGCCAGAACUGGCUAGCGCCCGACGCUCCCACAUCGCCGCCGAUUCACGUGCACAAGCUCAUCCUCCAGGCCCGCUGGCCGCACUUUGCGCGCCUCUACCACGCGCAGAUGGCCGAGUUCCACACCAAGAAGAUGCACAUCCCGGAGCCGUACUCGGUGGUCCGGGCGUUCCUGUACUACCUGUACACGGACAGCAUCCACGGCACGUCGGUCGACAACAGCGACGCGACGACGGACCUGAGCGACGUGGCGGGGCUCCUCGUCAUGUCCAACAUCUACGGCAUCCCGCACCUGCGGCUCCUCUGCGUGAACCGGCUCGCCAAGGAGCUCGACGUCGACAACGCCUGCGUCAUCUGGCACUCGGCCGGCCUCGCCAACGAGGAGUGGCUCCGCAAGCGCACCGCGCAGUUCUGCCUCCUCCACUGGGGCCGCAUCGUCCGCACCCAGGGCUUCCUGCGCCUCCCGCGCGCGGCCAUCGUCGAGCUGUCGCAGGAGAUCGACCCCGAAGGGCGCGUCGUCGGCGGGGACGAGCUCGAGUACGACGGGAGCCUCCACGGGUCGCGGUACGGCGAUGCUUCGGAUAGGAAACACAGCUUCAGUAGCCAGACGACCCAGAUGCUCGAGGAGGACGCGGUGGAGGAUGACGGUAUGGAGAUGAGCUGAGCGGCCCUCUCUGUGACUCGUGAGA